AUGGCAGCCACAGCAGCACCUGAUUCUUCUCUACUCUCUCUGCUUUACCGCUCAUACCCAACUGUGAUUUCUCCCAAUGCCACCGAGCCUGAUUACCAGCUUGCCUCGUCGAAGAUUUUCCCCGACGUGAACUUUGGUGAGACUGAGCAUGUCGACAUUAAGCAGUGGCUGAAUGCCGUCUCUGGCUUGAAGGCUGCCCUCACCAAUGAUGACAAGACCGUUCUAGAGAAAAUCCUGGUCCAGUUGAAUACCCACCUCGCCAGUCACACCACCCUACUCGGUGCGAAGCCCUCCGUUGCCGAUAUUGCUGUGUACGCUCUCGUCGCUCCCAUCGUUGAGAAGUGGACCUCCGAGGAACGCACAGGAGAGAAGGGUUACCACCACAUCGUACGCCAUGUCGACUUUGUGCAGAACUCGCCCCUCUUCGCCCUGCAGAUCCCCGAGGAAGAGAAGGUUGUCAUCGAUGUGACCGACGUCAAGUUUGUGCCCAAGCCCGUUGACCCCAAGGAGGAGAAGGAGCGCAAGAAGCGCGAGAAGGCCCUGGCCGAGGCUGGUGCUGAGAAACCCCUUGUCGUUGGUCAGGGUAAGCCUGAGAAGGCUGCCAAGGCUGAUGCACCGGCCGCCGAUGCUGCUGCUACCGGUCACAAGACCGAAAAGAAAGAAAAGAAACCCAAGAAGGAGAAGGCUCCCAAGCCUGCUCCCGCUCCUACUACCCCUCCCUCCCCAUCCCUCAUCGAUCUGCGUGUCGGCCACAUCCUGCGCGCUAUCAACCACCCCAACGCCGACUCCCUCUUCGUUUCUACCAUUGACUGUGGUGAUGUCGCCGGAUCUGACAAUACAUCUGUGGAUGAGGAGACCGGCAAGACUGUGCGAACAGUGUGCUCUGGUUUGAACGGCCUGGUGCCUCUGGAGGAGAUGCAGGGUCGCAAGAUCGUUGUUGUCUGCAACCUGAAGCCCGUUACCAUGCGCGGCAUCAAGUCCGCCGCCAUGGUCCUGGCUGCAUCCCCACGCGUCGAAGAGGGCGCCGAUGCUCACGGUGGCCCCGUCGAGCUUGUCAACCCCCUGUCGACGCCCCUGCCGGGCUGGUCCGAGGGUGUACCCGAGAAGCAGCUCAACCCCAAGAAGAAGGUCUGGGAGGCAUUCCAGCCCGGUUUCACCACCAAUGAGAACCUCGAGGUUGUCUUCGAUAGCAGCGCUGUCCCUCUCGUAAAGGACCAGGAGGGAAAGCCUGCCACUGGUAAGCUGGUUAUCGCAUCCGGUGCUGUCUGCACCGUCAAGAGCCUGAAGGAUGCUACCGUGCGGUAA